AUGCUCGACGAGAACCUCCCAACCUACCGCUUCCGGCAGUCCUCUGACAAUCAGCUCAACAGCCUCCUCUACUUCACACACAAUGGCUCUGAGCCCUCGGCAGACUUCCUGAUGAAGCGUCCGCCGCCAUCCACUUCGCCGAACCAAUAUGCGCUGGGCCUCUUUGACCUGAAAUACGCCUCUGUUCUUUACGCCGAAGUCCUCGUCAAGCCAGAGUGGCAGCAGCCCACGCUCUCUGCCGCCGAAGUCCGCGCCAACGGAGGAAACCCUGUGGCCACGCCGCUUAUACCCAACUCGUUCACCAUCGACCUCUACAACCCCGACCAGAGCGUCCAAAUCAAAUACCAGUCUGGCAGCUGGAGCAAGGAUGUGUGGGAGUUUGAGGUGCCGCAACGUAGCUUCAAGCAGCCGACCGGGAGCCAGAUCGACCAGGAUGGACCGGAGACGACCAUCUCCGACUUGAUACCCAAAGUGAACUUUCGGUGGAAGCGAGACAGUAGGAUGAGCCGAGACAUGACGUGCUACAUGUCAGGCAAGACGGUCGGGGGUCAGAAGAGCAAAGAGCCGGACAUCACCAUUGCCUUGUUCAAGGCAGGAAAACCUGGCGGCUCGGUUUCGAUAUACGAGCCGAACAUGGCACGCGUGGAUGUGGAGGAUCGAAAGGGGCUGGAAGUCACCCUCCUACUGAGUGCUGAGGUGAUCCGGGCGCUAUAUCUGUCACCGAAGCCGGACUUGUUCAAUACUGCAGGCAUACCGCCGCCGCCAACGACGACAAAGGACACGGCCACGCCCGUAGCUACAGGUUCAGGGGCGGCCAUGGCUGGUGCCAUUGGGAACAUGCAGCCCGCACCGCAGCCGCCGCGCCCCGCGAACCAAUCCACGGAGAAAGACCCAGACGCCGUGGCACGCUCCGAGAUCGACGCAGAGAAACGUCGUCGGCAAGCCAUGAUUGAGGAGCAGAAUGCCCGAGAGAGGCGGGUUCAGCAGGAGCAGGAAGAAAUCAAACGCAUGCUCGAGCGCGAGGAACGCGAAGAGGCAGACCGUAGGAGGCACGCAAACGAGGAGCGGGAGCGCAAGGUCGCCAAGGAGACGGAGAAGCUGCUGAAGCAGUACGGGCCCCAGCCAGCGCUUCCACCUCGUCCGGGCGGACCCGCGCAGAUGAGUGGCGGCGCGGCAGGUUGGCACACCUCAAACCAGGGCCCAGCAGCGCCGGCGCAGCCUCCGCGACGGCCGAGGAGCGUGGAUCCGCCCAGGGCGAAUGUUCACUUUGCACAGCAGGAAACUUCACCCACACAGCAGCCGCAAUAUAGCGGAGGGCCUGCUCACGGCGGUGGCGGUGGCGGUGUCAGCUCGGCUGCGAAGAAGAAGUUUAACAAUUUCUUGUCUACUUCGUCGCCCUACUCUGGUCCUGGGGCUGCGAGCAUGAGCACAUUUUUUGGAAAGCCAAGUGAGGAAGACAAGAGGAACAAGGUCAAGAAGAAGAGGAGCACGCACUUUUGA